UUCUAAAUAUAUUUUUGUUGAUUUCUUUCUAAAGACAAGACUACGUUUACAUUCUUAAAAAAGGUGACAGAAAAAUAAAAUUAAAGAUAACCUACAGUUAAACAUUGGCCAAGCGACCGGCAGGGACCAAGGCAAACGCAAACAAUAAAUCAAAUAAAAGAAAAUAAACAUAACUGUGAUAAUACUUUAAACAUCAUCAAGGCCGUCAAAUUCUUUAAAUUGUCGAUAACAGCAACGAUGCCGUGUUGGUAUUUUGAUAAGAAAGAUUUGCGUGAUACUCCCUCUGUCAGAGACGGUAUACCGUUGGAAACGGAAAGGCGAUAUCGCCGUGAAGGUGCUCGCUUUAUUAUGACCUGUGGAACACAAAUGGGUCUUGGACAUAACACUAUGGCAACGGGAGUAGUUUAUUUUCAUCGUUUCUAUAUGUUUCAUUCAUUUAAAAGUUUUCCACGCUACGUGACAGCUUGCUGUUGUUUAUUAUUAGCCGGAAAAGUGGAAGAGACCCCAAAAAAAUGUCGCGAUAUAAUAAUGACUGCACGCCAACUGCUAUCCGACAAUCAUUUUUAUUCGUUUGGAAAAGAACCUAAAGAGGAGGUAGUGACUUUGGAACGUAUACUUUUACAAACCAUCAAGUUUGAUUUGCAAGUCGAGCAUCCAUACACUUUUCUACUGAAAUAUGCGAAAUGUUUUAAGGGCGAUCAACAAAAGUUGCAGAAAAUGGUGCAAAUGGCUUGGAAUUUUGUUAAUGACUCACUGAGCACGGUAGUUUGCCUGCAGUGGGAGCCAGAAAUUAUUGCAGUAGCCUUAAUCCAUUUGGCUAGUAAAUUAAGUAAAUUUACUCUUACGGACUGGGUAGGUCGUCAGCCACAUCAUGUGCGAUGGUGGGAUAUGUUUGUCCAAGAUGUUACAAUGGACAUUCUGGAAGAUAUAUGCCAUCAAGUUUUGGACUUAUAUCAAAGCAACCCAAAAGAACCAGCGGAGAGUAACAGUCCACCUCAAAAGCCACCCAGUCGUGCUGAUAGCCCUACCCCUUUAAAGGUUUCAAGCGCAAGCAGUCAUACGGGAUCGCCGGUUAGCAAACACAAAAAUGUGAUACCCAGUGCGUCCAAUAAUUCAAAUGCUGCGGUCGAUGCAAUAAAUAACGUGCAAACCAUAAAAUCUUUAGCUACUACAGCAACUUCCGUUCCUAUUAUGGCUGUUACGGCAUCUGACCAUGUUCCAAAUGCGACUACAACAGCGGCGCCGGGUUAUCACCAUGUACAUCAUCCUGCCCACGCGCAAAUGUACAGCGCGCCACCUCUUAUGAAUAGCCAUAUGAUCCACCCUAUGUAUGGCACAGGAGCCCCUCCACCACCGGGUGUUAGUUAUCCGCAUAGUGGCGUGGGAACUACUACAGUACCGCCACCUUUGCCGCCGCCUCCUCUGGCUCCCUAUGGAGCACCGUCGUACGGACCGCGUUAUGCAAAUACAAUCGUAUCCAUGCCAGGUACUUCCACUCUUGGUGUUGCCCCACCACCACCUCCUCCUGGUGUAAGUUAUCCGCCGCCUCCACCCAAUACCUAUGUAACAAGUAGUGGGCGCCAGCGUUAUUAACACAAAGUUAUUGUAAGAUGUGCAUUUGCAUUAAUAUUAUUUUAUAAAUCUCCGCUACCUUAUAUUGGUAUUGCUUUUCGUGGAAUAUGAAGGAAUCAAUAAUAGAUAUGCAGAUAAUUUUUAAACGUACAACAAUUUUUCGCACUUAACUGAAAAUUUUUAAUAACCCAUCUUUCGGUGCAAAGAUCAUUUGUAUCAAAAAAUUCGAUCAGUUAUUAAAGCCUAAGCCCAAGUCUUUACAUGCCAUGAACAUAUCUAUAGUCACCUCGCAGAAACUUGAUAAUAGAUAUGAAAGAAAGGGCUUAACGCUAUUUCAUAUUCCUCAAAAACGAGAUAAAUACCAGUAUACAAGCUGGAUCACUGGAAUCUGGAUUGUAUUAAUACGUUUAGUAUAGAUCUGAAAUCAUAAGUCGUUAUCUACUGAAUUAAGGAGAUCGCGGAGAAUAAAAAAGUCGGUAUCCGUCGGCUACAUUGUUUUAUUUGUUGACUUAAAUAUCUUUAAAUAAA